AUGUCUGCCGCCCGCUUAGCUCGCCAACGCGAGCAUCUAAACACGGCCGGUCCAGCAGGCACACAAGAUACGGACCUCAAGUACUGCUACCUCGCCAAGGCCGCCUACGACGCCUACGACCAUGGCAGGUGCCGCUAUUCCCUCGACCGCAUGCUGCCCGCCCUCGGCCUCGGAGACCACGGCUACGUUGCCACCGCAUUCCUCUACGCCGCCGUCAACAUCGUUCCCGUCGAGCACCAGCAGCACUGGAUCGGCUACGUCGCGGUCGCCGAUAAGGCCGAGCGCGACCGCGUCCUCGGCUACCAGUACCGGGAGAUCGUGGUCGUGUGGCGCGGCACCUCGGCACUGGACGAGCUGUUCAAGGACUUGGAGGCGAACCUCCAACCGAUCCAUGGCGAGGAAAGCAACAAGCUGGUGCUGGUGGAGAACGGGAUCCAGAGCUUGUACGCGACCAGCUGCGACUCCGACGCGUGCAAGAAUAACCAAGGCAGCGCGAAAGACCAGGUCCUCGCCGAGCUCAGGCGGCUGGUGACGUACUUGAGAAACAAGUGCCCCGGUGACAAGAUCCACGUGACAGCCACCGGUCACAGCCUCGGCGGCGCGCUGGCCACGCUCACCGCGUGGGCCGCCGCCGCCCACGAGGCGCUGGCCGGGGUGGUCGUCAGAGCCGUGACCUUCGGUGCCCCCCGCGUGGGCAACCAGGCGUUCUGCGACGAGCUCGUCGGGCCGCGCGGCGUCAAGGUGCACCGCGUCAUCGUCGAUCGGGACGUCGUGCCAUCGCUGCCGCCGACUUCCUUUGGGUACGCCCACAGCUAUCGGCCGGCAAACUUUAGGGCCUGUUUAGAUUCAUUAUUAUCUGCUAACAGUUAG